AUGCAAAAUGCAAUUGCUAAGGUGUUCCCUAAAUCUCGACACCGGUUUUGCUUGUGGCAUAUAAUGAAAAAAGUUCCCGAAAAAUUUGGAUCACACAGUCAAUAUGAUGGCAUCAAAAGUCAGCUACACAGGUGUGUUUAUGACACAUUGACUCCUGAUGAAUUUGAGUGCUGUUGGCUACAAUUUCUUGAUAAUUUUGAUCUACAUGAUAAUCCUUGGCUUGAAUGGCUAUAUUCUGAGCGUCAUCUUUGGGUGCCAGCGUAUGUGAGGAACAAAUUUUGGGCAGGAAUGUCAAGUACCCAAAGAAGCGAGGGGAUGAAUGCGUUCUUUGAUGAUGAUGUAAAUUCAAAGACAACACUAAAACAGUUUGUAGAUCAGUAUGAUAAUGCACUUAGGCGCAAGAUUGAGAAUGAGCUUGCAGUUGACUUCAGUUCAUUCCACACACAAAUUCCGUGCAUAACUUUUUAUGGCAUUGAGCGGCAGUUCCAAGCAGCGUAUACAAAUGAAAAAUUUAAAGAAGAGUUAAGAGGGUUGAUUUAUUAUUGCGCAUCAAUGAUUCGAAGUGAAAGAGGGAUGUUUACAUAUCAUGUGGCCGACGAGAUCCAAGUUAUGGAUGAGUUUAGGAAAAGUACAAAAUAUGUUGUUGAGUUUAACGAGGAAGAGUGUGAAGUGAGUUGCACAUGUCAGUUAUUUGCUUUUAAGGGAAUUUUGUGUAGACAUGUCAUCCGUGUGUUAACACUCCAUAACAAAGAAGAGCUACCUGCAAAAUACUUUCUUGAUAGGUGGAGGAAGGACAUGAAACGAGAUUACACGCUUGUCCGAAGUAGCCGCGAUAAUCUGAGUCAUAGUCCAAAUGCACACCGAAUUAAUAAAUUGAACAAUGCUUUUUAUGAGAUUUCUUCAAUUGCAGGCACCUCAGAUGAAGGUUGUGCAAAGUUAAUGACUCAGUUAAGUAAGUUGAAGUUAGAGUGGGUUGACAUCCAGCCAGUGUGUGAUAAUCAUUCAAUUGAGUCAUUAAGGGUGACAAAAGGGUUUGAUAAAUUAAAAAGUCAUGUAGCUGCACAUAGUAAAGGUAGGCCAAUUUCUAAGAGGAAACAGUCCACGGCUAAGAAGGCAGUGAAUAGGUUGAAAGCAAGGAAGACUCAACGAGCUCAGCAGAAUAGGCGUAUAAAUAGAACAGCUGUAGGAGAUUUUGGCUCACCUAGCUUGGCGGAGCGUGACUUUCCUAUAGCCUCGACUGCUCAAUCGACUGUGGAUGAGAUAUUGCAUGAUGAGAGUGUUGUGAUUUUACAAUUUUGUGUAUAUGUUUUAGUUAAUUGGGAGAUGAAAGCAGCUAAAGGAAAGGAAGUUUGA